AUGAUGGAUGACGACACAGAACUGAGGACGGAUGGAAAUUCACUUCUAAAGGCUGUGUGGCUGGGGAGGCUCAGGCUGACUAGACUCCUCCUGGAAGGGGGUGCUUAUAUCAAUGAAAGCAAUGACAAAGGUGAAACGGCACUCAUGGUGGCCUGCAUCACCAAACAUGUGGACCAGCAAAGCAUCAGCAAGUCUAAGAUGGUGAAGUACCUGCUGGACAACAGGGCAGAUCCCAAUAUCCAGGAUAAGUCUGGCAAAACCGCUCUUAUCCAUGCUUGCAUUAGAAGGGCUGGGGGAGAAGUGGUCUCCUUAUUACUAGAGAAUGGAGCAGACCCCAGCCUCGAGGAUCGCACUGGGGCUUCAGCUCUGGUUUACGCAAUCAAUGCGGAUGACAAGGAUGCAUUGAAACAUCUCCUUGAUGCCUGCAAAGCUAAAGGGAAGGAGGUGAUUAUUAUAACAACAGAUAAAUCAUCUUCAGGCACCAAAACCACCAAACAGUAUCUUAACGUUCCCCCUUCACCCAAGGCGGAAGACAGACAGUCGCCUCCACUGUGCACAUCUCCUUCUGAUAUUGAACUGAAGGCCCCAGCCCUAGGUUCUCCACCCAGUGAGAAGGAGGAUGACUUCUUUAGCCUCCAAACAGGGCAUCCAAGUUGUAAUCCCUCCAAGGCUAUUCAUGAGCCUGGGUCACCCAACAGGAAAGUCAGUAACCUCAAAAGGGCCCGUUUGCCCCAACUGAAGAGGCUCCAGUCUGAACCCUGGGGCCUGAUUGCACCCUCCGUGUUGGCAGCCUCAACACGUCAGGACGAGACCCAUAGUGCCAGCAUGGACAAUGAAAUCAUCAAGAGCAUUAGUGACAUGCCCUUCCCCAAAAGGGGGCCCCUCUCCAGAACCAACAGUAUUGAUGGCAAAGACCCCACCCUCUUCCCCACGGUCACAGAGCAAGUUCUGAAGAUUCCAACCUCUUCUGCACCAGCAUCCUGGAAAGCCACCUAUGAGAAAGGUCAGGGUCCCCACCCCCGUCUGACCAGAAGAGGUACUCUCCCUGUUGACCAAGAGAAGGGUGGUAUGGGUCCACCAGGACCCUGUGCUCUCAAAGAUCCAACAUCCCUCACAUUGCUGGAGAAUGAUUUCUAUGAUUUAGAUUUACAACCAGGGGCUGAGCCACCCAACUCCAUUUCCCUUGAAUCAGGCAAAGUACCCUUAGAUAGAAAGAAGCUCAACAGCUCCCACUUGUCUCUUUUCCAUGGCUCUCGGGAGUCCCUGGAUGCCAUGCCCAGCACAUCCCCCAGCUCAGUGCGCCGCAGGCCACCACAUCUUCUAGAAAGACGAGGUUCUGGAACUCUGCUACUGGACCACAUUUCUCAAACUAGGCCUGGCUUCCUUCCACCCUUAAAUGUGAAUCUGAAUCCACCUAUCCCAGAUAUUAGAUCUAGCAACAAACCUUCUUCCCCACUUGCUAGUGGCUUAAAAUCCAUGGUUCCUGUUGCUCCAAGUUCACCAAAGAGAGUUGACUUGAGAAGUAAAAAGAAGCUCCUCAGAAGGCAUUCUAUGCAAAUUGAGCAGAUGAAGCAAUUGUCUGAUUUUGAAGAAAUCAUGACCUAA